GCGGGGGGGAAAAAGGGCUCCGUGACCUUCGGCCCGUGCCCUGACAGGCCCCACAACCCCGCCAUGGCGGCGGGGUAAACCCCCACCGGCCGCCCGGCCCCCCGCGGCCCCGGAACCCGAGCGCGGGGUCGCCGUUCCCCGCCGGGCCGGUGCGGCGCUGCGCGGUCCCGGUCCCGGCGUGGCUGGGGAGCGGCAGCCCCGGCCCGGUUGAGCCGCGUUUGCCCCGGGGUCGUGCCGCAUGGCGAAGCAGAGCCCCGCGGCCGGCGGGAAGGGCGGGAGGAGGAGGAGGAGAAGGAGGAGGAAGGUCGGGAGCGGGGAAGCGGCGGCCGCGCCGAAAGGCCCCGACAUGGCGGCGGCGGCGGCUCCCCCCCGCAGCCCCCGGGAGUUCUCCUCCAACUGGAAGGCGCUGCAGGAGCUACUGAAACAAAAGGCAGACAGCUCCAACAAGUCUCUCUCUACGUGUCAAACAAACAGCAAAAAGAAGCACCCACUCAAGGCGGGCAAUAGCCAAGAAGUCCCAGCCGUCAAUGGGAAGGGGAAUGGGGAGAAGGCCAAAUCCACAAGUAAAACGGACAAUGGUUCUGCGAAAGACAAUCCUCCUUCGGCAAAGCCGAAAGCCAACAGGGUUGCAACAGAUAAGAAUUUAAGUGGCACCAAAAGCGGUGGAAAAGGCUGCGAAGAAAAAAAGAAAAACGGCAAUAUUUUAAAGGAGAAAGGUGAUAUAAAACAUAAGAGGAGGAAAGCUGAAGAGCAAGCGGAGCAGCAACCCAAAGAGGCUGAAAUCUGGUUUGAUGACGUCGAUCCAAAAGAUAUCGAAGCAGCAAUAGGACCUGAAGCAGCAAAAAUUGCCAGAAGAAAUCUUGGACUUGAACCAGGGCAAUCCAAAGAGUCUGUGGAGCAGGUGCUGGUUAAAGAAAAGGCUUCUGAAGGGCUGACGCAGGCUGUAGCCAUGGACUGUGAGAUGGUGGGAGUGGGACCCAAGGGGGAAGACAGUAUUGUGGCUCGGGUGUCCCUUGUGAACCAAUUUGGAAAGUGCAUUUAUGACAAGUACGUCAAGCCUACAGAAGAGGUGACUGAUUACAGAACAGCUGUUAGUGGCAUACGCCCUGAGAAUAUAAAUACAGGUGAAGAUUUUCAAACCGUUCAGAAGGAGGUCGCUGACAUCUUGCAUGGAAGGAUUUUAGUUGGACAUGCUUUACGCAAUGAUCUAAAGGUCCUAUUUCUUGAUCAUCCUAAGAAGAAAAUACGUGACACGCAAAGAUACAAGCCCUUCAAACAGAGGGUCAAGUCUGCACGGCCAUCAUUGAAACUGCUCUGUGAGAAACUGCUAAAUGUUCAAGUGCAGACAUCAGAGCACUGCUCGAUUCAGGAUGCACAAGCAGCUAUGAGACUGUAUACCUUAGAGAAAAAGAAAUGGGAAGCUGCUGUUAAGAACAAACCUAACAACAAAAAUUGUAAAACUUGAAUGGUUUUUUUAUCUGCAGCGUUUGCUGGUUUCAUGUCACAUUCCAGGGCAAAUGUAGAGGUAACUCUGAACUGACAGCAGCUACUUUGUAAAAUCAAUCAAAAGACAGUACUUCCUAACCGGGUACGUGAAUGCUGCUGACAAGAAUCCUGGUAAUAUCCCCUUUCUGGAUGAUACCUAAGCCUAAUGCCCACUACUGUGUUUAAACAAUACCUGUAACGCACACCUGCAUUUGUGAAGUACUUCAUCAGUUCGAUUUCUGCAACGGAUAUACACACUGAAUAAGUUUUAAAAAGUGGUUUUUAAUUAAGAUAAAUGAAGGAAGAAACUGUCAUUGCUUUGCUGAAAUUCCCAAGACUAAAAUCUUUAUUUCAAAUAUUUUAAUGUCUACAAAGUAAGGCGACUUCUUAAUUAUUGCUGUUAGUCUCACAGUUGUGGUAUCUAAAUCAACAGAAUAUGUAACUGUUUAUGUAUUAUUAAUGGCCCAACUUUAAUCUUUCUGGUGAGAAAAAUCUUUUAAAGUAUUUCUGGAGGAUCCAGACUUUCAUAUCUGAACCAGAAGUGAACAAGUCGUGUUCUUAUACAAAAAGUUGUUCUUUUACUGCUGCAGUUUCAAAAGUGCUGAAUCCACAAGGGUCGUUAUCUCCUGGAGAGAAAUGGGAGAAUUGUCAAAUACAAGUUUACCUUGUUGCUUCACUUAUUUUUAUAUUCCUUUAUUAAUAAAAAUGUUGUGUUUAA